AUGAACCGACUUGUGAAUGCGCUAAUCCUUUUCAUCGGCUUUGGAUUGAAAGUCCAGAGUUUGCAUGAUCGGGCCAUGGUCUAUGGGUUUGACAAUAUUCAACCGUCGGCCAACCUCACAUGGACAGCAUGUUUCGAUGCCUUUGAUUGCUCUAGACUGGAAGUUCCUUUGGACUAUUCAAACAUAAGUCUUGGCACAACGUCGAUUGCCUUCAUCAAGCUAGCUGGCAAAAGUGCCACCGUCGGGUCUCCAAGCAUUGUACUCAACCCCGGCGGUCCGGGUGCUUCUGGUGUCGACCUACUCCUCACGUACCAGAAUCUUAUCGGACAGAUGUUUGGGGAGGAAUACAACUUCGUCUCCUUUGACCCUCGCGGUGUAAACAACAGCGGUUUGCAUCUAGACUGCUUCUCAAAGGAUACGAAAGCAAGAUCGACUUUCUAUCGACUGCACAGGACAGGCGCCACCAAUAUAUCAUCAACAUCGCUUGAGGAACAGUACUAUUCAAGCUCUAUCUACGGCGAGUGGUGCAACAAUGCUGUGGAGAACAAUUCACCCCAUUCAUAUUAUGUCACUACGCCAGCAGUUGCCCAUGAUUUACUCACAUUUACCGAAGCCGAGGCUGCCAUGGCCGGUCGGUCACCAUCAAACGCCAAAUUGUGGUGCUACAGCAUCAGUUACGGCACUAUCAUCGGGAGCACUUUCGCUUCCAUGUUUCCUGACCGCGUUGGGAGAAUGAUACUCGAUGGGGUUCUGAACGCAGAGCAAUAUUAUAAUAAUGAUUGGACGGACAAUGUUGAUCAAAUGGACGAGGCAGUGGAAACAUUCUCGACCUUCUGUUAUUCCGCAGGGCCUGAAAAGUGCUCAUUUUGGGGACCCACGUCGGCUAACAUCACGGCCAGAAUGAAUAGCAUCAUCCGCCAGCUUCAGAACCAUCCAGUACCGCUAAGUGGCGUCGGCGAUCCAGACCUGCUGACAAUGGUCACCUAUUCAGACCUGAAGAGUCUUUUUCUCAAUACACUCUACGCCCCACUGGCAAGGUUUCCAAGGAUGGCCGACAUCCUCCAUCAGGCCGAUCGUGGGAAUUUCUCCGCUCUUGCGGGCAUACUUAUUACCAUUGAACAGUUCAAAGCUUGGGCGGAGUACGCCGGGUUGAAGAGCCAGUACAUCGGUGAUAUCUAUCCCACCUACCUCGAAGGUAUCCUAUGCCGGUCAUUCCGACCGCAGUUGCCUGAUAGCUUGGUAGUUCAAGAGGAAAUCAGCGCACUAAACAUCCCUACGUCCUUCCCGAUCCUCUUUGCGAGUAAUAUCAUCGAUCCUAUCACGCCGUUGCAAUCGGCGCGCAAGAUGUCUUCUAGGUUUGCCGGAUCUGUACUUUUAAUGCAAGAAGCCGUUGGU